CUUCUCUCUCGACUCUCGGCGGACGCGGACGUGUUUUUCCGUAAAUUCGUUGUUUUUAAGUGAGUUUCGAAGCGAUUUAGCGAGUUUCAGUGAAACCGUCGUGGAAUUUUGAGUUUCCGUUUCUCGUACUCCAUUCGUGUCCAAUAUAUAUUUUUGUGUUUCCUGUUCCGAUAUAAAACGGCAAAGGAGUUAUCGCCAGAAUUUAUGGAGUUCUGUGAAAUUAUCGUAUAAAAUGAAGAAGGAAUCGAAUUGAAUGGAAAGUGCCCCCGUUGCCGGCGGAAAACUCCAGUAAUCCUCAGUGAAGUUUGAUUGUGUUGUGGUAAAAGUUUCGUGAAAAGAGAGUGAAUUGUGAAAUACAGCAGCCCAAAACGGUGGCCGUAGUGAAAAUUGUGUUUGUUGCACAACCGGAGAGUUAAAGUGUUCCAGCAGAAUACGGUGAAGAAGCUAAAGUGCCUGCACCUUUUAGGCCGGUCCGAGGCAGAAAAGGAUCUCGAGGGGAAAAAUCUAGAACCGUGAACCGAGAACCGAGCUACCAGCAGCUGCCACCGGGUCGUUCAUGAAUCGACCUCAAGGUCCCCGGAAGGCACAAGGUUCUUCUGGCAAAAGAUAAACCUGAUAUCACCUGGGCGAACACCGUCACGGCGGUCGAAGUCGAAGGGCUUCCCGGGGGCGGAGGAAAUGAACGGACAGUGCGUGGACGGCUUCCCUGUAUGACGGUUCGCACGACACGAUCGCGUACGUGCACGUGCCCUGCUGUGUUUCUGCCGUUGAACAGCUGGAACCGACUACUCAACCGACCAUGGAGGACACUAGCCAGGAGGAAUCGCUACGAUCGCUGGAGGAUGUGACGAGAAACGGGGCGGCGACGGAAUCAGUGGAGCAAGGACCGCACCAGCAUCACCACCACCAUCAUCAGGAUGGCAACACAACGAAAUCCUCCACCGAUAGCUCGUUCACCGUGACCGACUGCAACUGUUCAUCGCUGAUCGAGCGCACCGACGACGGCGACGAGCACCGGACGGAGGGUGGUCUCGUGGAAGACGAUGCACCAUCGUCGUGCGUCGAGCUGAUCGAGGAGCUCAUCAAACCGCAGCUCACCACCGAGUGUGAGGAGAAACUGAAAGCCCUUGCCAUCAUCGCGGUCGAUGACGAUGCGAGGGAAGCCGCCGAGGUGGCCACCGUCAUCAGCGGUGGUGGUGGUGGAGGCGGCGAUGGGAGUGAUAGUGGCGUCGAGUUUGGUGCCGGUUCCGGUUCCCUUACCGAUACCGGUAUGCUGCAGCGUGCACUGAGCAAUAACAGUGCCGGGUACGCGAGCAGCUGCUGCGGUCUGGAUGGGCUGGAGACCCGGGAACCGGGGGGGAUGAGCGUGUCGUGCAACUCGAGCAUGAUAAGCUACAGCUCGGAUAUCUACGAUAAGACCGGCAGUACGGUGCUGUGCGGUGGUGGCGGUGGACGGCUCAGUACGGAUUACUGUGCCAGCGAGGGUGGCAGCGAAAGUUCGUCCGUGACCGGCGGUCCGGUUAGCUCGUCGCUACGGAAAGGUACCGCGGGUGGACUGAAGAAGAAGGUUGCGAUGAAGGAACCACCGACGGUGAAUCGGUCGCCCCGUAAGUCCACCGAAAGCGUCAUCUCGAGUAGCAGUGGGCGAAGCAGUUCCCGUUCCCGGGGUUCCUCGUUGGGACGUUCGGUUUCGCUGAACCUCAAAUCGACGCCACCGGUUUCGGCGAUGAAUGUGGCGGCUGCGGCCAGAGAGCGGGCCCGCUCGAGGGAUAAAUCGGUUACUGGUGCGGUCCCGUCCCAGGGUACUACCAGCAGCAGCAUCAGUAUGGCGAGCAGUUUGAACCGUAUCGUGACGACACCGGGCAAACCGAUGCCACCACCAAGGCGCCCGCUAAAGCCGGAUACACUGCCGACGGGAAUGAAGGAUUCACCCGGAGCUGCUGGUGGUGGUGGUAGUGGCCAUCGGGCUGCAUCCGUAUCGCGCACUCCGUCCACUACGAGAGGCCGCACACCGUUAGGCACACCGACCGAUGAUGGUCGAUGGCCAUCGGUGGGAGGUAGAGGUGGGGCGAGCGGAGGCAACACUACCCCACGGUCCACCCGAGCCAGCUCAGCCGUCCCGGAGGGUUGUGGUGGUGGUGUUUCCAUUAAAACGCGCGUCGGAAUGCUCGCCCUCGAUGGGACCUGUAAGGUGUCAUCGGGUAGCGGUCCAAUGAGCUUACCGAUGAGUGGUGCCGUCGCUAGCUAUGCCACACUACCGCGCCGGCGAAAGGAACGAUCGGCCGAGGAUCUGAAAGCGGCGAGUGGAGGAUCGCCAUCUUCACGCAGUAACUCGGUCACCCGCGAGCAAGUGUCCAACCGGAUGUCGAUGUCACUGAUCAAGAAGCUACCUUCAACGACCACUGGUGCGGCGAAGGGUGGUAACGAAGGUGGCCCAUCAUCGUCUCCUGCAUCCGUCAAAAUGGCAUCCUCACAUCCGCGCUUAGCGUCGACGGGCAAGAAGAUGCUACAGAAAACGCGUAUCUAUCACGAAACGAGCGUCCAAACGGCCAUCACCGGACAGGACGUGGCGGAUGCGUUCGGUGGCAAUGCCCGCCACAUACGGAUCGAUGACGUGGAGAUGGUCUGCAAGCAGACCCAAUCGGAUAUACGUGAUCGUGAGAUGGAGCGGCUGGAGGAGAAGCUGAGAAAGAUGAGCAGCGAGUAUGCGACGUUGAUGGCCAAGCUGACGGACAAAUCGCAAACGGUAACCGCGCUGGAGCAGAAGCUGCUAGUAGAGCGUGAGGAGAAGCUGACCGCCCAGAAGGAGCUGCAAAACAAUACGGACCGGGUGCUCGGUAUGCUCGAAUCGAUGCAAGCCAUCCCGAACAACGCGGACACCGAAGAUUGCGACAGUUUGCUGAUGCUCGAGUCUCAGCUGCAGCUUUCGGGGAGCGUGCUGGAGAAGAAACAGGAAGAGAUCGCUCGAUUGCAGUCGAUCUGCCGGGCGCUGCAGAUCGAUAUGGGACGUUCGCUCAAGAACCAGGAGGAACUGUUGCGCCAGAAGACGGAGCUGGAGGAGGAAUCGAGUGAAAUGCAGGACUUCCUGCAGAUGGAGAAGCAAUCGUACAUGGACGCGCUGAAGGAGGCAGAGCAGGAGAUCGGCAUGUUACGGCAGUGUCUGCAGCAGAAGGAGUGUAGCGUCGAGCGGCAGCAGGAAGAGUGUCGCCAUCUAGUCCGGAUUGCGGAGCAGCGAAGACAAGAGUACCUUGGUAUGCAGGCCAAAUACAAUGCUCUCGAAAGUCGCUCGAAGGAUAUUCUGCUGCAACAGGGCGCGGCCGUAUCGGGUGCAUCCGUCGCCCUGUCUGGACUGGGAUCGCGAUUGGAUAAUCUGGUCGAGCAGCUGAUCGCAUCCUACAACAUCUCCGAGCAGGAUCUCGAGGACGUAAUCUACCACAACGAGGCGUACACGAAUAGUGCCAGCAGUGGUGACGGCAGUCCGGAGUAUGAGGAAACAGCCGACAAGUUCGCGGACAAGAACCAGCAACAGAAGCAAAAGAACUGUCGACCACAACCGGAGCACUCGACGGCAUCGGAUGCUAAGAGCACCGCUAACGGUAGUGAUGUGCCGCUCUCCCCACAACGUGGCCAAUCGUUCAUAGCCGCUGUGAUAAGCGCGAUCAAGAAUGCCACCAGUAAAUCGGUGCCCGCAAAGGUCGCUACGCCAGUGGCAAAUGGAGCUCCAGCGGUUCGAGAAACGCGGGAAAAUAAUGGCCAUGAAUCAGAUUGUACUGAGAUGCUGGACUCGGAGACGGAACCAUGCCUGAUGAUGGACAACGUGCUGGAGGAUGUUGCAAUGCCGGAUUCGCAUUCGCACAACAUGAUGUCCUCUUCGACACGCAUCUCGCAGAUCGAAAUGCCAUCGUCGAUGGAAAGUGGGGUCGCUGCGACGACGACGAGCGCAAUGAUGGCGCACGACGAGUCGUUCGAUAAUCUCUCUCAAGCGAUUGCUAAUCGGCAGCAGAUCGAGCUCCAAUCGAACAUGAUCGCGAGUGGACGUCCGGCACGGUUCCAUCAUUCUGCUGGCAGUGAUCAACCAGCCCGCAGUACAGCGGCGGCCGUGGUGGCCCAGGUGACUGGAUCGUGUGGCGCCGCGGUGCCAACUGCGACGGCGACAACGACUGGUGCGGAUCAUACCACGGCAAGUCACUCUUCUUCGCUGGACGAUGAAGAGAACAGUUGCUGCGCCGAAGCUUCCAUGGCGGAGAUGCCUUCGAUCUGCGAGUACUGCAACGCCCAAUCGUUGGUCGAUCAGGUGAUCGAUGUAGACAAUCUGAUCACUAAGCUGCUGAAGGUGUUGCGCAUCGUGCAGAUGGACAACGAUCACUGCAUCCAGGAGCUUAUCAAUCACAAAAACAAACUAGCGAUCACGAACGAAGAGAUUCAGGAUCGUGUGAAGGACUACGAGGAGCUCAAUUAUAAGCUACAAGACGAUCUGAAGGACGCUUACCACCAGCUACAGCUGCGUGGCAGCGAACUUAAUAGUGGCAAGGUGGAGCUAUUGAAGCAUCGCCAAGAAAUAGAUAAACUAAACGAAGACAUUUGCCAGCUGAGCACACUGUGCAGUGAUAGUAAGAAGCAGCGGUCUAAGAUUGUGAUCGAUCGCGACGAUAUAAUGAAAGCAUUUAAGCUAUGUAGCGAAGAUGAGAGCACAGUUCCUGAGAUGGACCUUUCACAAUUCGUUCUUCAAGCAUGCAAUGAGAUUCCGAACCUAAAGGCUAAGCUGUACGAAAAGGAACAACAGUUGGCCACGAUGGCAAGUAACGCGGCCAACGGCGCUAGCUUUGUGAUGACCGCUAGUUGGCAUCAAGCACUGAGUGAAGCGAAGCGCCAGUACGAAGCCAUCGAUCGAGCACUGGAGACGCUCGACAGUGUUAAAACGAUUGUGCAGCAAACACCCGCAUUGAUGGAAUUGCAACGGGAUCUCGAGGAGACAAACUUUGCGUCCGCUUCUAGUUUUCCGCUUGUCACCGCGGCUCAGUUAAGUCAGCUGCAUGUGGGAAGUAAUGGAAACGUCGCCGGAAUGAACGGAAACAACGGUGAUGGUAUAGUCGAUCUGAACGCGAACGAAACGACAAUCGGUGAGGACGGGCCAGCAGCUGCUGUAGUAGCAUUGCAGCUCAACCAGGGCACGGAUUCGAGCUGCUACAUUGAUUCGACUGCAUAGGCACUGACCGCGAACUUAGACAAACUAUUUAUUCUUCUUUUUCCCUUCAGUCAUUCCCUUUGCACAUGUUCUUUUAAUGUUUAUUAUCCGAGUUUCCUCUUUUUCUUGAUUUAUUUGUAUGUUAAGCAUUUACGAACGUGCAUUAGCGAAGCACUAGGAUCUACUUUUGUGUCAUUUUUCCAUUCAUACCAAUAGUGUCGUGUGUUUAUAGUUUUGUUUUGCGUUUCAUUCUUCAAUUUGGACCUUUAUUUGUGUGUUCCGGAAUAAUUAACAAACUAGCAGCAUAGAAAAUUGACAUAGCAGAAAAGAGUUACUAGUUACACGUUACGAUGUGCAUCCAACAGUAGACACCGACAACGGUGCCCCACCCCUACUUCCCAGAUGAAUAGAACUUAAUCGUAGAUUUUGAUUGUGAUUUGCUGUUGAUGAUAUUAAACGGAAUUGUACGGAAAUGAAACAAAUUAGCUCUCCGCGAUAACUCCUCCUAUGAAAGGGUGAGAGACGCAAUACUGUCGCUGACAAAUACUAGUAUUGAUAAUUUAUUCCUAACGCAUUUUUGAAACAUACAGAUAUCGCUUUGUUUUAGUCGGUGAGCAGUCGGCUACAUACUGUCGUAUUAUCAGGAGCCGGAUCAUUGGUGCACCUUCCGCGAUCCUACUGGUGAAUGAACGCUGCCUUAAGCAUGCAGCAUCCUAGCACUGACUGGAAAUAGGUAUAUGGUUUAGCAUUAGAGCUACUCGCAUCAGGCAUUGCAUUAAGACACUUUGUUUCUUCAUUAAGUUAGAUAGGAAAAGUUGAAAUUGAAGCUAAACCAAUCCAAUCGUACAUGUGGCCGCCAUUCAGAAAUGGAACUAAUGAGAAGAUAUGUCUGACUUCGUAAGCAACAUCGGGAGCAGAUGAUCAGAGCUGUAUAGCAUUACAUUUGCUUGCGUCGUUCCAUUCGUCCAAGUUUGUCCUGACGGCACGAUGCUUAAUACAUGUUUGUUCACACCCCCAGGUUUUUCCUCUGGCACCCUUAUAGUCUUUUCUCGGUGUAGGAGAAAAUGAAUCUAUAUGCAUUUCGUUGCUAAGAGUACACUCUUCGUAAAUUGACCCCUCCGGAUGAUCCAUUUUCGUCUAAAGUUAGCAGCGAAAUUGUUUUAAUGAAAUACCAAUGCCCCGGAACGAACCGCUGUGCGAUGCUUUGUAAAUUACAUUCUGCAUUCUGUAUUUUAUUUUCUAACACGGUCGUCCUGCCAUGAAGAAGUGUCUUUUAAUCUUUUCGUUUGUGGAUCUGCUUUGGUUUGUUCUACUAAUAUCUUUUUUACGUUUUAUUUUAUUUGUUUUCAUAUUUUCUCCUUUUUCAUCUUCGCUCCGGGAUGGGAAUUCAUUGUUCGGUUUUUGGUGGAAGGUUUGAUACGACGUAGAUCAGCGUUACUUUUUCCCCUUACCCAAACAUACACACACCCACACAUACACAUAGAAUUCAUUAGGAUCCGCAACCCAAAAUCCAUGAAUUGCUCAAGCUUUCACACAGUUUGCACGUUUCAACAAACUAUUCAGAAAACUUUUGAGCAAACGAUAUUGAAUAGCGUUUGGCAAUUUGUCGAUCGAUUGUAGUCUAUGAUAAAACGGCCAUAAAAGAGGGACGAAUGUAAUGGCGCAAGCAAAUGAAACUGAAUACAGCUAUUGAUUGCUCUUGUGAUGAAUACGACGAAAAGAAGUAGAUGACUCGUGUCCAAUAGUUUCGUAGAGUAGCCGUAGAAUGGGCAAAACAAGCUUAGUCUCUUUCUUCGGCAACUAGCACUUCGAUUCCUAGAUAAAACUAUUCCAACGAGCCUGUCGUCCAUUCGGCCCUACCAAUACUAAGCAAAGAUAACAAAUGAUUCGAAUUUAUAAAAAUAAAAACAAAAGAUAAAUUGAUUACACAAUGCGUAACAGUAAUGCAUGAACGCCAAUUUGAAGGAACUGCAAACGCCUUUGCGAACCACGUCGGUUCGGCCCACGUCCUUUUUAUCGAUACUCAUAACAUCUAUGCGUUAGAUGCGAAAGCAACCUAAAUAAGAACUCUCGAUUAGUGGGUUAAGCGGAAAGAUGGCACGUAGAGAGUGUGGAGAAUUGUCAAAAAGGUGAUCGCAAAACUGAUCGUGUCGGUGGCACUUUACGCUAUGGUAUGGCUCCACAACACAACAUGUGUAGAACCACAUCGCAAGCAUAAACCGUAUCGGGAACAGUCGGGAGAUAGAGGAUCCAAUUUUAAUAUUGUUGAAUAUUAUUAUAAAUAAUGGGUACAUAUUCGAGCCAAUCGAGGAAUAAAAGUAAAAACG